AUGGGCGGCGAACUGGUCCUCAUCACCGGCGCGACGGGCCACAUCGGCUUCCACGUGCUGGUGCGCGCCCUCGAGGCCGGCUACACCGUCCGCGCGGCCGUCCGCUCGCAGGCCAAGGCCGACUCGCUGCGCGCCGUGCCCGCGCUGCAGGCCCUCCCCUCGGAGCGGCUCUCCUUCGUCGUCGUCCCGGACCUCAUGGCGCCGGGUGCCUACGACGCGGCGCUCGCGGGCGGCGACGUUCGCUACGUCAUUCACAUCGCGUCGCCGCUGGCGCGCGACGACAUCGGCCCGGGCCAGUACGAGAGCGAGCUCAUCGAGCCCGCCGUGAAAGGCACCCUGGGGAUGCUCGACGCGGCGAAGCGUGCGGGCGGCAGCGUGCGGCGUAUCGUCAUCACGUCGUCCAUCGCCGCGCUCAUGCCCGUCGACACGGCGAAGCGCUCCCCCACGGACGUGUACACGGCGGAGUCGCGCUUCGAGGCGCCGCCCGUGAGCGAGCUGCAGAACACGUUCCAGGCGUACGGCGCGUCCAAGCUCACGGCCUUCAACGAGACGGAGGCGUGGGUGGCCCGCGAGAAGCCCGACUUCGACGUCGUCAACGUGCACCCCAGCUUCGUCAUGGGCCCCGAGGAGAUCCACCCCACGCCCAAGAGCCUGCUCGCCGGCGGCACGAACCGCAUCAUCCUCGGCGUCGCGCUGGGCGUCAAGUCGCCGACGCCCCUGUCCAACAUGACGGUCCACGUCGACGACGUGGCGCUCGUGCAUGUCGAUGCCCUGAAGCCCGCCAUCCCGGGCAACACGAGCUACAUCGUCUCGUCCAACAACCCGACCGGCACGCUCAACGCCUCAGACUACGCCGAGAUCCCCAAGAUCGUCGCCAAGCACUUCCCCGAGGCCGUGGCGUCCGGCCUGCUCCCCAACAACGGCAGCCUGCCCAUGGUGCCCGUCAAGGCCGAUGCCACCAAGACGGAAAAGACGUUUGGCUUCGUUCACACGUCGUUUGAGAAGCAGGUCAAGGACGUCGUGGGACAGUACCUGGACCUCGUGCAAAAGAAGUAG